ACUGUACGUUAUUCGCAAGGUAUAUGGCUUAAGAAUCCGACCGACUUGGACCUGUCGUGUAAACAAAUAGGUGCCAGUUACUAAUACAUUUAUGUUUACGGAGAACUUUUGUAAUUGUUUUGCAGGAUUAGUAUUUGGGUGGCUUAGUGGCUGUAUCAACCUAUAUUCGCAUGUGUUGAUGAAGAAUUACUCGUCGUCGUAAUUCUAAUUACAUCCCAAUCGGAAAUCAAUAAAAUAUUGUGACGAGAUCUGACGUAUAUCAUUAGACUGUUUUUAUAGAGGAGCAAAACACAAACUUCAAUCGUCCAUGCAUAAGAGUAAGCAUGGAUGAGAGAUGAACAUUACUAUGAACCAGAACUUACUAGGACUGGAAACAUCGAAUCAAGUCGUUGGAUCUGAUGGAAAUGAAGUCGUUCAUUGGUUUGAUAACAGACGUGUUGAUGUGAUGAAUCAACAUCAACAGAUGCAAUCUACAUAUUAUAAAUUCCAGAACGAAGUGGAUCACAUAACGGACCUGCAACCUGCCAUGGAAACAGAAGAACAGGAGACUACUUCGAAGAAAUUACCGAAGACACGAGGGUCCAAAAAGACAAAACCUAUUAAGGAAACAAAAGAAAUUGUAAAACGAACAAAACAUCCCGAGAAAUGGAAAGUCAAUGUAAAGAAAAACGCUAGGCUCAGGGGUGAAGAAUACAUUGGUGUUGGAGGUAAAAUAGUUCCGGCUAAAGUGAUGGGUCCACCAUGUGAUUGCCGCAUGCGAUGCAGUGACAAAAUUGACGAGGAAGCUCGAGCGCAACUGCACAACGUGUUUUGGAAAACUUGUACAUGGGAACAACGAAAGCAAUAUGUAGCACUGUCAGUAAAAGAAUCGCCAAAACAGCGGACUAGAUGUCGUGGUAACGUUAAAUCGGAGCAUCGUAGACAAGUCACAUUUACUUACUCCUUACUUAUCAAAGGUGAGGUCUUAACGGUUUGUAAACCGAUGUUUCUGAGCACAUUUUCGGUCUCUGAAAAGUUCGUGAGGCAUGCUAUGGAGAAGAAAAGAACGUCACCAGGUGGAAUUAUUGGACCCGAUCAAAGAGGCAGGCAUACGCCAAAAACGAAAAAGAGCGAAGAAGUUAAGGAACGAGUACGCGAGCACAUCAAUUCUUUUCCUGCUGAAAAGAUAAAUUCCAGAGACCGGAGUAACAAGAGAUACUUGGAUUCAAAUUUGAGCAUUGCCGCCAUGCAUAAGUUAUAUCUUCAAAAAUGUAAAGAGGAUGGGAUACCGGAUAGUGAAACUGUCAAGGAAAGUUACUACAGAGAAAUGUUCAAGUCCGAAUUUAAUUUGGGUUUCAAAGUGGUUGUUGAUAAGGGUAAAAAUUCACAAACACACACUGUACCAAGUAUCAGUAAUAAUAAAAGUAAACCAUGAAAUA